GUUGUCACAAUAAAAUGGAAUUUCAGCGUAUUGAAUGAAGACAAGUGAUUUUGAAGUAAAAUCCAUAAGCAGCGCGUGGUUUGUAUGGAAACUUUAAAAACGUGAUCUUGGAGGCAUUUCAAGGCCAAUGACGACAAUAACAUUCUAAGAAGAAGAAACGCAUUUAAUACAUGAAUUAAGAGCCACUUAUUCAUAUUGCCAUAUAAGCAAUUAUUGUGUGAAUAAGAACAAAAAACUCAUUGAUUGAGAAAUUUGCAACGUUUAUAUGCUAAGAAUAACGACCCUACAGAUAUCGAAUCAUACUUAGCGGUUAUCAAUUCUGGGAAACGGAAAUGCAGAAAAUGUGCGGAUUUUACGCCUUGUUGCUAAUUUUUUGUGUCACUACAUCUUUAAUGCCUAUUGAGGCAAAUGACAAUUUACGCGUGACAUACGAAUGGAAGGAGAUUGAUUUUAAAUAUGCCAAUGCCGAAGCACGUUGGAUGGCCAUAGAAAAAUUUGAAUUUAAACCGGAGAAUGUCAUACCAUUUGGCAUUGAAGUUUAUAAAUCUCGCCUCUUUGUGACUUUGCCUCGUUGGCGCGAAGGUGUACCGGCUUCUUUGGCCUAUAUUGAUCUUAAUGAAUCUAGCACAAAAUCGCCUGCUCUCAUCCCCUAUCCAAGUUGGGAAGCUCAUGCCUUGGAUGAUACGGAACCAGAACUGGUAUCACCAUUUCGUAUACGUGCCGAUCGAUGCGGUCGUUUAUGGGUGUUGGAUUCCCGACUGGAUGGUGUUCUCGAGGAUACAGUUAUAUUUGGUCCAGCUCAGCUUUUGGUUUAUGAUCUACACAAUGAUGCCCUAUUGCGCCGUCAUGUCUUUCCAGCCAAGCAGGUGAAAGAUAAUUCAUUUUUUGCCAACUUAGCCAUUGAGGAUGGUGAUUGUGAGAAUACCUACGCGUAUGCCGGUGAUUUGGGCAAUCCCGGCCUGGUUGUCUACUCAUGGAAGCAGGAGGAGUCAUGGCGUGUACAACAUCACUUCUUCCAUCCAGAUCCCAUGUCAGGUAAUUUCAGCAUUGGUGGUCAUUCUUUCCAAUGGGAUGAUGGUCUAUAUGGUUUGUCAUUGAGUAAAUCGGAUGCCGAAGGUUUCUCUACCCUUUACUUCCACCCAUUGACUUCGACAAUGGAAUUUUCGGUGAAUACUAAGAUAUUGCGUAAUAAAACUUUGGCUACUGAGGGCCAAAUAUACAGAGAAUUCAAAGUUUUGGGUUCGCGUGGUACAAAUGCCCAAUCGGGAGCUUCAUUUCUGGAUCAGGAAACAGAUGUUCUAUUUUAUACAUUGCCAAAUUUAAAUGCUGUGGCCUGUUGGAAAACUACUAGUGGUGAAUAUACUCCCAAAACACAAGGUCGUGUUUAUAUGCAUGCUGUCGAAAUGCUUUUCCCCAGUGACGUAAAGGUGGAUGCUCAACAUAAUUUAUGGGUGCUAUCAAAUCGACUGCAGGAGUUUAUUUAUGGUGAACUUUUUCCAAACUCGGUCAACUUUAGAAUUUUAACAGCUCCGGUUGAGAAUAGCGUUGAGAAUACAGCAUGUGCUCUAAGCGUUGUGCCCAUGACCAAGGAUACCAACACAAUGGACAGUACCCCAAAUAGAGGUCGAACAUUGACGGAUGUUGUUAAUAGUCAUGAUCAUGACCAUCAUGAUCACCACCAUCAUGACCAUGAUCACGAUCACAAUCAUGAUCACGAUCAUCAUCAUCAUGACCAUAUGGCCACGGAUCACUCAGGAGCAUCAUCCAUAAAGACUUUGGUACAUACCGCUACACAUCUAACGAUGUUCGCUUUGCUUUUGAAAUUUUUGUAGUGACUGAUAUGAAAGAUGUAGACAGGGUGUACGAGUACUUUAUAUUUACUUAAUUCUAGAAAGCCAAUCUAUAUUAUUUCCACCAUAAUUUAUUUUUUAAUCCCUAUCUUGUAUAGAUUUGUUUUAAAUCUCAUAGAUUGUAUAUACAUAUAUUUAAGUGCAAAAAACAUGUCUUUAAUGGUAGUAAAAAAAAUAAAGA